AUGGUGGUGAACGGCCGGCCGCUGAAGAAGGCGAGGACGCGCGCGGAGGCCAGCGACUUCGCGGGGUUCCCGGCGGCCACGGACGGCGGGGCGGUCGGGACGUUCCGGGAGGCGGUGAGGGGCUUCCUCGCGAGGCACGCGCGGCUGCUGCCGCUGCCCUCCAUCUUCUCGCCGGCGGCCGCGGCCGCCCCGCCGCACCUGCUGACGUGGAGGGUGUCGCUGCGGGUCGGCGAGGAAGGGGCGGAGGAGGACGCCGGUGGCUGCGGUGUGGAGCUCAACGUCGUCGAGGAGGAUGUGCUCAGAUCGCGAUCUGUGUAUUGCGAUCAGUGCAGAGUCGUAGGAUGGAGUGGGCACCCGGUGUGCGGCAAGCGCUACCAUUUCAUCAUCGAGAACGACAGCAUCCAGAUGGCUGGCCGUCGUCGCACCUGCUGCCUGCGCUGCGGGACUCCCAUGGCAGCUGCAGAAUCAAGGUGCCUCCUGUGCAACUUUGACAUGGAAGGCGAAGAGCUGGAAGAGUGCGGCUACCUGCAUCUUGAUGAUUCCUCUCACUUGCUGCACGCCGUUGUGCAUGCGAACGGCUAUGGGCAUCUUCUCAGGGUAAAUGGCCGUGAGGGCGGGUCGAGGCACCUUACUGGCCGUGACAUAAUGAGCUUCUGGGAUCGCCUGUGCAAGGUGCUGCAUGUCAGGAAGGUCACUGUCAUGGACAUAUCCAAGAAGCAGGGAAUGGACUACAGGCUUCUGCAUGCCAUCACAACUGGGCAUCCCUGGUAUGGUGAAUGGGGAUACAAGUUUGGCGCUGGUAGUUUUGCUCAUACCUCGGAUACCUACCAGGAGGCAGUUAAUGUGCUCUCCGGUAUACACCUGGCGUUAUACUCCUCACAUCGCAGCCCCAUCAGAACCCCUUUGCAGAACACAAUUGCUCUGUAUUGGUCCCUUUCUGAUCGACAGCUUGUGACUGUGAGGGACCUCUUCCGGUUCAUAAUGCACCUGCUUCACCAAGCUCGUAAGGACGCUGAGAUGUCAAAACCAGCCAUGGAUGAGCAUAGAGAAGUUGAAUCGAACGUGCUCUGCAUGUGGACAAAUGAAGACAUCAACCGAGCUGAAGCUGCAAUGCUCAAGGUCCUCCGGGCUGUCCAAGCUGGGCGCUGGGUGUCCUGGCGUGCACUGAGGGGAGCUGCAUCGAAGGCUGUUGAUUCACAGGAACUGCUUGAUUACUCUCUUCGAGGUCUGCGGGGGAAACUGAUGGACGAUGGCCAUUUCAUUGCUGUCCGCUGCAAUACUGAGACAAGCGCAAUUGAAUACAGGCUGGAAACAUAUUCCAAUCAGUCCCCAGUUGAUGCAACUGUGUUUGGACCCUCUGUAGUGCAUCUUGCACAUGAUCUUCGCUUCCUCUAUGAUGCUCUGCUGAACCCAGAAAGAAUGCUGUCUUCGCAACCAGAGGUGGUGGGUGCAUCAGCACACAAUGCAGCUGCAAGGAUACUUGACUGCAAGCAGUUCAUCAAACACUACGAUGAGAGUGCUCCAGAAUCUCCCCCGAACCCAAUCCUGCUUGCUGUGAGGUGCUCCAUUGAACUGCUUGAUCACCCAAAGGACUACACUGCACCUCCGGUGGAACUUGUACUUUUACCAGCAACCGCUACCCUGGGUGAACUGAAAAUGCUGGCCGCAAGGGUCUUUCAAGAAACGUACCUCAUGUUCCAUAGCUUCCAGGCUGAACAGCUCCCUGAAUUCCCAAACUUAAGUGACACAACCCCUGUGAAGCACGUGCUUGGCCCAAGCCAGCUUGUUAGGGUGAGAGGACGGUGCACUGGGGAUCACAGGAGAAUUGUGCAGUUCAGGAUGGAGAGGGGCUUGGAGAACUGGACGGUGGACUGCACCUGUGGUGCCAAGGACGAUGACGGUGAGAGGAUGAUGGCGUGUGAUGCGUGUGGAGUGUGGCAGCACACAAGAUGCUCAGGAAUCAGUGAUUUUGAAGAAGUCCCUGAAAAAUUCAUCUGCAGGAAGUGUGCCAGUCCACGCAAAGGAAAGGGGGGUCGUGGUGGUGGGGGUGGCAGUGGUGGCGGCAGAAUGGAGAUGGCUUCUGCCGGGAGGUGCAAGGAUGAGAUAGGAUCGUCUGUUGGUGGUGCGGGCAAAAUUGGGCGCCUAGCAACUGUUGGGUGA